CAAAGACUACUUUCCCGCCGCCAAUCGACACAGCUCCAAACGCCAUUCUCUCUUUCCCAGAGUUUCAGUGGCUUUGACUGCUCAACCCUCUCUCUCGGUCAUCUCCUAAAACGAUCGGAAACACUUACGUUUUUUUCUCUCCCUACAAUGGAGCUCCGUCCUCGAAAAAGAAUCGCCAAACCCCCGAUUGAAGGCUCUGUGGAAGAGCGCAGUGAUAGUUCUGAUGAUUAUGUGCUGCCUUCGGAAUCUGAUUCUAGCAUCUCUAGCGAUGAAGAUGAAACAUAUGGAGAGAGACAGGUUACGGUUGUAAAUCGCAAGGGAAAGGCUAAGACUAAUGACAAUGAUCGGUCAGGUUCUGCUCUUAUUCCUAUUGCCAGUACUGCUGGACCUUCAGAAAUAAAUGUUGAGGAAGGGGAGCUGAAUGAUCAACAACAAACCUGCCCGGAAAUCUCUAUACGUGAUGUACGCUCUCCAUCACCAAGAUCAUCAAGAGAUUUGCUAGAACUCCAAGGUACCCUUGUUAUUUGUCCUGUCGUUGCCGUGACUCAAUGGGUUAGCGAAAUUGAACGGUUUACUUCCAGGGGGAGCACUAAGGUGCUUGUUUAUCAUGGGGCAAAUAGAGGGAAGAGUUCUAGACAGUUCACAGAUUAUGAUUUUGUAAUCACAACUUAUUCAAUCGUUGAGAAUGAAUAUAGGAAAUAUAUGAUGCCACCCAAGGACAGAUGCCCAUACUGUGGAAAUCAAUAUCAGCGAAAAAGGCUUUCAUUCCAUCUGAGAUAUUUUUGUGGGCCUACUGCUAUUAGAACACUGAACCAGUCUAAGCAAAUGAAGAAAAAGGUGAAAGUUUCAUCAACAUGGUCAAAGCAGGAUGCAGAAUCUGGCAAAGGGAAUGCUAAUGGGUAUGAAGUUAAUAAGGGAAAAAAAACUGGGAAAAAGACAUCAGAGCAACUUGAAGAAGAAAAAGAAGCUCUGGUUGAAUUGGGAAAUUCAGCAGACGAUGAAUCGAGCUUGUCUAGGGGGAAGUCUGUUCUGCACUCUAUGAAAUGGAACCGUAUCAUCCUGGAUGAGGCUCAUUCCAUAAAAGACAGACGUAGCAACACUGCUAGGGCUGUUCUUGCUUUAGAAUCUUCCUAUAAAUGGGCUCUGAGUGGCACUCCCCUUCAGAAUCGUGUUGGCGAACUUUACUCUCUGAUCCGUUUCCUGCGAAUAACUCCAUACUCAUAUUACUUUUGUAAGGAUUGUGACUGCAGGAUUCUUGAUUACAGUUCAUCAACUGCAUGCUCAAACUGUCCUCAUAAUUGUGUAAGACACUUCUGUUGGUGGAAUAAGUAUGUGGCAACACCAAUACAACUAUAUGGGAAUCUUGAUACUGGGCGAAGGGCUAUGACAUUGCUUAAAGAAAAAAUUUUGAAGAAUGUAGUUUUGAGACGCACAAAAAAGGGCAGGGCUGCUGAUCUUGCACUUCCUCCUAGAAUUAUUUCACUGAGGCAGGAUACUUUGGAUAUCAAAGAAGCAGAUUAUUAUGAAUCAUUGUACAACGAGAGUCAGACACAGUUUAAUACGUAUGUUGAGGCAGGAACUGUAAUGAAUAAUUAUGCUCACAUUUUUGAUCUCCUUACCCGCUUGCGCCAGGCAGUUGAUCAUCCUUACCUUGUGGAGUAUUCUAGUAGUGCUGCAGUCAAAAGUGGCAACACUGUUGAUAUUAGCAAUGGUGAACAAGUAUGUGGCAUUUGCCAUGAUCAAGCAGAAGAUCCUGUUGUUACUUCUUGUGCACAUGUCUUCUGUAAAGCUUGCUUGAUUGAUUUCUCUGCUGCCCUCGGACAAGUAUCAUGCCCAUCUUGCUCAAAAUUACUUACCGUGGAUUUGACAACAAAGAUGGAUGUUGGAGAUCAGACAAUGAAAACAACCAUUAAGGGGUUUAAGCGCUCAAGUAUUCUGAAUAGAAUCCGAUUAAAUGAUUUCCAGACGAGCACAAAAAUUGAGGCUUUGCGGGAGGAAAUCAGAUUUAUGGUUGAAAGAGAUGGUUCAGCUAAAGGAAUUGUUUUCAGCCAGUUUACAUCAUUCUUGGAUCUCAUAAAUUAUUCUCUCCAUAAGUCUGGCAUAAAUUGUGUUCAGUUGGUGGGCAGCAUGUCCAUACCUGCAAGAGAUGCUGCUAUCAAGAGGUUUACUGAGGAUCCAGACUGCAAGAUUUUCCUCAUGAGUUUGAAAGCUGGAGGCAUUGCCCUCAAUCUCACAGUUGCAUCGCAUGUUUUCUUGAUGGACCCCUGGUGGAACCCAGCUGUUGAGCAGCAAGCACAAGAUAGAAUCCACCGAAUAGGGCAGUACAAACCAAUCAGGGUUGUGAGGUUUGUCAUUGAGAAUACUGUCGAAGAGAGGAUUUUGAAGCUACAAGAAAAGAAGGAAUUAGUAUUUGAAGGGACUGUCGGUGGCUCCACGGAGGCUUUGGGAAAAUUGACUGAGGCAGACAUGAGAUUUCUUUUCAUCACUUGAGCAGAAUUGUACCUGUUGCAGAAAGUCUCUUGUAUAGUUCUAUUUGUUUUUUGCUUGUUCAGCUGCUGCUAAUUAGUCCUACCUACAGAAUUUUUACGGCAGCAGAUUCCUUCUCCUGCCGAUCAUAAUUGAACAAGAAAGAAACUGAUAAUCUAAAUGUGAAUGAAGAAAAACUUAAGGCUAAAUGCAGGGAAAUGUUAAUUAUGAAAGAGAUGUUGUGCA